AUGCAAAGGACAAAUGUGUGCCUUCUGGAGUACCCCCAAAAAGGACCUGGCGUUGAGGAAAAGCGAUUCGAUGAUUCUACCGAACUUAAGGACUGCCUCAACGCAAUGGGCGAAAAUGGGUCUGUGAAAACAAGACUGUUCGUGGUGGAAGACUUGUCUCGCAGCGUUAUCGAGGUCCUCGGAAACUACUUCAAGAUCGACCCGUCUUUCUUCCGAGAACACAUUGUUGACUACGCUUGGUAUAAUACCAGCGACUGGUGGCGUGAUCCACCUAAUCUCGACAUAGUUUCCAGACGCCAAAACUGGUUUCAGCUUCGCUUCGUGAGGGCAAGGAACUUUCUCAAUCACAAGCUCUUCUCAGAUGGCGUCGAAGAGUCCAAACAGUUUAACGUCUUCCGCCGACUGGACCAGGAUUUCAACAGCAACAACUUCUGGGACAAACAUGACAAAAAAGAGGCCAAGGUGGGACUCACUCGGAGCAGAGCGACAUGCUGGGUACAGGCGCCCGAGCAAGACAACGGCAUCACAUACGCUAUACUCUUGCUGGAUCCAACUAUCAAGGGCGGGAAUCCCUUGUGGCUCAAGUACAGGAAUUGGGCAAAGACACCGCCCGUCGGGGAACCCCCACCAAAAGACACGGAGCCUCCCUGCGACAAUUUCUUCGAGGAUUACAUUUACUGGGCAAAGAGGCCGGGCAACUUCAACUUCGGGGAAUCCGGCAACCCCUCUUCCGCGAUCUGUAUCCCGACGCAGGUCCUCCUGCACCUCGUCUGCACGGAGUGGCUCACCAUGGUAGACUACAUCAAGACGCGCCUGAACCAGGUCGACUGGGGGAUCGCCUUCCCGGACGACUUCCUCGAGAAGGAGGAGCAGAUCGACGAGCACCUCACCAAGCUGCACCACUGGAGGCGGGUUGUGCCUCUCUACCGCGAGAUGAUCGCCGAGACGUUCCUGCGCGUCUUCCGGGAGACGGCGCACCCGAACAGGAUGCACCCCGGCCGGAACAUCCACGAGCCAGCCCAGAAGCUUGCCAGCGCCCUGGGCCCCCUGAUGGACACUGACUGCAUCAACGCGUACCAGCAGGACUUUGCGCUUGUGCUGGGGUAUAUGGAGGAGUUCCAGAGCAGGAUUGACCGCCUGACGGAUGUUGUCACCGCCGUGAUUAACAUGGGUGAUUCGCGGAGGGGCUAUAAGGACAACAAGAAUCUGCAAUGGCUGACCUGGCUUGCGACUUUCUUCAUCCCGCUCAGUUUCGUUGCAACGCUGCUCUCAAUGACGACGGACCCGAUUGAGGACCUUGGCCCUAUCACCCGGCUGUGGGCACUGGUAGCGGUACCAAGCGGCCUGACGAUCAUGAUCGUAGUAGGUAUCUUCAGCGUUGCCAAGUGGAGGAGGGCGAUUCGGAAGUUCUGGUCAGACUUCCCGUGGGUCUCGGAGUGGAGACCGUUUAAGCCAAAGAGGACUUGA